GAAGACGGCAUCUCUCUCGCAAUUUGAUCGGAUAGAUCUCACUCCACAGAGAGAGAAAAGAUUCGAUUGGUGGAUUCCGGGCCUCCAAAUUGUGUUUAUUGUGUGUGACAACACUUGAAACCUAGGAGAAUCAUGGCAGAGAAUACUGAAGUGGAUGACCGUGUGGAUUUUGAUGAUGAUAACUACACUGAAGAAGAGGAUGAAGAACCCAUGGAAGAUGAAGGAGCUGGAGAAGGUGAAGAAAAUGAUGAAGAACCUCAGGAGGAUACUAGAAGUGAGGAUGGUGGGAAAGGGCAAUCUCCUGGAACAGAUAAAAAUGAUAUUAGCAUUGGGGAUAUGGAAGAUAAAGAGAACUCAGCAUCUAUUAGUGAAGAUGAGAAAGAGAAACAUGCUGAACUUCUUGAUCUCCCACCUCAUGGCUCUGAAGUUUUCAUUGGAGGACUUUCUCGAGAUGUUUCAGGGGAAGACUUGAGGGAACUCUGCGAACCCCUUGGUGAAAUUGUUGAGAUAAGGGUAAUGAAGAAUAGGGAUACUGGUGAAAGCAAGGGCUUUGCUUUUGUAGCCUUCAGAACAAAAGAUGAGGCACAAAAGGCAAUUGAAGAAUUGCAUAGCAAGGAAUUCAAGGGUAGGACGCUGCGAUGCUCAUUUUCCGAAACUAAAUACAGGUUGUUCAUAGGCAAUGUACCCAAGGGAUGGAGUGAAGAUGAUUUCAAAAAAUUAAUUGAAUCGACAGGUCCUGGUGCUGAAACCAUUGAGCUAAUAAAGGAUCCUCAGAACCCUGGUCGUAAUCGAGGUUUUGCCUUUGUGGAAUAUUACAACAAUGCUUGUGCUGAUUAUUCCAGGCAAAAGAUGACUGCUGCAAGCUUCAAGCUGGAUGGUAACACGCCAACUGUAACUUGGGCUGACCCGAAGAUUACACCUGAUCAUUCUGCUGCUUCUGCUCAGGUCAAGGCCCUCUAUGUUAAGAACAUUCCUGAAAAUACAACCACCGAACAAUUAAAGGAAAUUUUCCAGCAACAUGGGGAAGUGACCAAAGUCGUUAUGCCACCUGCUAAAGCUGGUGGGAAGAGAGACUUUGGCUUCAUACACUAUGCAGAAAGAUCAAGUGCCCUUAAAGCUGUCAAGGAAACAGAAAAAUAUGAGAUAAAUGGCCAGGUGUUGGAAGUUGUCCUUGCAAAACCUCAGGCUGAGAGGAAGUUUGAUGCAGCCAAUCCCCACAACGCUCAAGUUCCAAACUAUAUUCCUCAUCCAGGAUAUGGCGGUAUACCCGUAAAUCCUUAUGCGUCUAUAGCUACUGGAUAUGGCGGAGCUGCUGGUUUUCAACAGCAGCAGCCUAUGAUUUAUGGAAGGGGACCAAUGCCAUCAGGAAUGCAGAUGGUGCCAAUGGUUUUACCCGAUGGUCGAAUUGGCUAUGUCCUACAGCAGCCCGGUGUGCAGAUUCCUCAGCCUGUGAGACCACGCAGAAACGAUAGGAGUAGUGGAGGUGGUGGCGGAGCACAUGCGCGGGGAGGAGGUGAUGGCGGUGAUGAAAGUAACCGUGGUAGACGAUACAGGCCUUAUUAGAUGAUUAUGUAUUUGGAUAAGCUAGAUGAUUAUAAAUUAUAACCCUGGGCUACUUCAAUGUUGGUAGUAGAUGGAAAUUAAGUUGUUCGUUUGUUGAUUGGGAAAAAGAUUGCUGCUGAGUUCAUAUAAAAAGUUUGCCCUUUUGGUGUGGUGUUGGUUGACCA